AGAGUACGCAGGUCACAAGAGCAUUGUGUGCCAGGUGUAGUGUACUGGUAUAUUUAUGGGAGGAACUAACCUACAACAAAACAACUCCAAGGACAUCACACGCUAAGCUCUCCAGCCAGCAUUCAACCUCGCAAACCCCAAUUAUAAUUAGGAAACCUUAUUCACAGUGAAACCUGAGUGUGCAGUACCUAUGCUUCCUGCUGCCCAGCUGCUACCCAGUCGAAGGUGUUGCACGCGUCCGGACCUCGGCGCAACACAGGUUCGGAACUCACUGCGACUGCCCUGCAAGCUAGUACGUCCUGCGCCGCGGUUCCAGGCUACAGCAGGGGCAUCGGGGCCUGGGGGCCCAGGUACGGAAUCAUCCAGGCUGGAGCCGCAAUGGAACGAUGUGGUGGAGUACCACAUGCCACGGCCAGUGGGCGGUGCACAACUGGGUGUUGGGCGUGUGGACCUGGUGGAGGACGGGCGAGUGACGCUAGCACCCCUAGAGGAGGACGAAGACGGUAUGUGGAUAGAGAGCCACGACACGGCUGCUGUGGUCGUGUCAGAAGUUGCAAUGCUUAGGAUCCUUGCCUAUGAUCUUUCGCAGCGCCAGGACAAGGAGGGAAACCCACAUGGAGAGCACGCACACGAUGUGUAUACUCUCCUUGAUCGACCGUCUCCAAACGUUUACCGAGGACCGCGGACUCUUCAGGUUAUGGUUCGCGGAGGCCCCGAGGAUUGACCUGGGUUGCUUGCAGCAGAAGUGAUCUGGGUUACACGUAGUGCUGACGUCCUGUAUUAUCCUAUUUGUCUUGAUCCUGGGGAACUUGACAUAAUCCAAAUGACGUUGGAGCACUACAUGAGUUAAUGAUGAAAUUCAGGCGGUUGGUUACCUUGCGGUGAGUUUUGAAAGUCACAACGCUUCUGGCAUAUUGGCAUAGGAUUGGGGGUUUUCAGGAGCUCAAGUGCUUCAUGAUGCUUGUAGAUGCAGAUGCUCCAUAAGCUUCUUGUUAUGUCGUUCAAAGCUUAUCAGCACAAACUGGGAUU